AUGGCGGCAGCUGCACUAAAAGUCCAAUUGCGUCCUGGCAAGGUCGGUCGGCGCGGGUUCACAAGGCAUCAAAUCAAGCGCGUCUCCCAAUCCAUCAACACUUCAAUUCCGACUUCACUCUCUGCCAUCGCCAUUGCCAUUGCCAUUGCCAUCGCCAUCGCGCAUCCAGAAUGCGCGGCCAGCUCUGGUCUUUACUUCCGAAUUCUCGGCGACCCGUUCUUGACUAUACCUGUAUCAAUUCUUCGUAGAGCUCCAAUCCGAGCUAUAGCUACAGCUACAGCUACUGUACCCGCACGACCAUACCGACCAUAUCAAGUCCGCCAUGGAUACUCCUGCGCUCUCAGUUGAGCAGCAGAUUCGCCUGCUGGAGGAUGCACGCAAGAUGGUACUGGGUGACCCUACCUUUUACCAACAAGUUCUGCAGGGCAUUCUUCCUUUAAUAAAUCCUGCUGGUCGAGAUGAGCCAGUUAGACCGGAAUCUGCAAAGAUAGACUUGCGACGAUGGGGGGCCGAUUUUCUUGCAGAAACCUUCGCCAGCCCUGCGGUUCCUGCACACCAAAAGGAGUCCCUGUGCUUGACGGUGCUAGAGGUCCUCAAAUCUAUCAUUGAAAAUCCCAACGAAGAUGGCGCUGUGGUGAAAAGUAUUGUGCAGACUGCCGCCAGCAUAUACCCCCUCGUUGUCAGAUGGAUGUACGUUGAACCCCGUGGCCUCUUUACCUAAUUUCUUCUGGAGCCUUGUCAUUUUGAAGGUACCGGCUGUAUUUGCACAUUAGUCUGGUUGAUUCUGGCUUCUGUAUUUUGAUACUCUGGAUCUUGAGUGAGACACGCCUUCUUUGUUUAUAGUCUAACCUUGGUGUAAUAGUAUCAAUAACUCAUAUGAUGGGCCAACAUGGGAGCGGAUGCAAGCGAUCAAGUCAAGAAUAUUACGAAUAUGGGACACUGCUCCUACGGGUGUACGAAUAAGCUGCAUCAAGUUUGCGCAACGAGUGGUGAUGGCCCAGACUGUAGGACCAGAGGCUGAUCCACGGGUAUGAAGGACUUCUUUGAUUUGUAAAAUCCGUAAAACUGAUUCUGAUUUUCGUAGCGAGGUGACCCUAUGGAAGUAUCCCUCGGGAUGAUUCCUCCAACUCACCAGGUUCUUCAUCUGCGGAAUCUCGAAGCAGAAGCUACUGGUUUAUUGGAUAGAAUGCUGGAGGUUUUCCAACAACCGACUAGGUGGGGUUGCCUUUUCCUUUCUUUGAGUACACCAGCUAACACCCAACAGUGAUGCCGUCUUAGUUGAUGCGACUUUGAACACCCUAUCUAUUCUCAUCCGGAGUCGCCCUCAGUGCGCUAAUCGAAUUCUGAAUGUGAUUUUGAACUUCAACCCUCUCAAACAGGCCAACUCACCAAUGACCCCCAAACUCCGUGUUAUGGUAAAGUCAAUGGAAAAGACCACUAGAAUGUUGCUUUUGCACGUCAACAAACGGUUCGUCUCAUGAAAAGUAUAAAAACUGCCAUAUGAUAUACUGAUUUAUUUAGUGAUCCGCACAAUCCCCUAGCUCCCAGAAUACAACAAUACGUUGAGAGAAUGAUGCGGUCUCGAAAUGAGAUAUUUGAUGAGGCGAACCGCAAACGUGGUCCUCCGGAGCCUAUCAAUGGACUAGAUGCAACUAAAAGACAGAAGCUAGAUGCUCAAGUACCGAUUCCUCGACCAAAAUUCCACGUACCACCUUUGGCUCCAGGCCCUCACAGCAUAGCCGAACUUUUUACAGUCACCACCGAUGAGGGCCUCAAGAUGUUCGAUGUCUCUCAACUUUCUGAAGAUAUAGUCGUCAAAAUUGGAAUCACCAUUUUACAAAAAAUUAAUGCCGAUACUCUCAACCAGGCCGUAGCAGGCGUCCGGAUGAGAUACGAUUCCAUGAAAGCUGCUCAAGUGGAGCAGUUGAAUCCAAAUACCGCACCAUUAGGAAUAGAGGCUGAAGACGAUGAUGAUGACUAUGAACCAGACUUCUAUCCGACAGAAUACAGCGAACAAAUCCUUAACAAACUAGAUAGUGCACCUCCUGAGGUUGAGAUGAUGGCGAAAGCCCCUGACAUGGCUCCUGGCAAUUUCAUUCUUCCACCGCCGCCAACAAUGACGUCCGACGAAGUUGCUCAAAUCGGUCAGGGCACGGUAUCUCGUGUUUUUGGCGUCAUGCAAACGUUGGAAGAGCCAGGGAAAAAAUCCAAAGCCGGGCUGAAUCGACUUGCUGCUAGUGCUUGUGACCGUGAUGAUUGGAUCACAAUCAUCACACGGCUGGCAACGCGAUCCGUCGCAGGCCUUGAAGAGUCUGACUCUGUUAAACCCGAGGCUGUUCACACUACCUUUUCACUCAGCAACAAAAUACGCGAGUCGCUCUAUAUGUACGUCUUGGAGGAUUUCAGAAAAAGAAUCGACAUAGCAGUAGCUUGGCUUUGUGAGGAAUGGUACAAUGAUCAAGUCCAGAUGAAGCUUGGCGAACAGAAUGUCAUGCAUUACGAGAAAUGGGUUCUGAAGGUCCUCGAUGGGAUUUUGCCUUAUUUGGAUGCUCGAGAUAAGGUGUUGACUAGAUUUCUCAGCGAGAUUCCAGGUCUAAGUCUUGAGGUACUUGCAAGAGUCAAAGCUAUCUGUCGUGAUCCUGCCAUGGUCAGCUUGGCUUUGACGAGUCUCCUCUAUUUGGUCAUGAUGAGACCGCCUGUUCGUGAAAUUGCGUUGGAUGCGGUGGAGGACAUUUGGAAUAAUUGUAAGUUUUUGUUAAGCUUUCGGUGGAAUUUCUCGAUACUAACGAUUUUCUAGAUGAGGACGCAAAACCUAUAGCUGCGAAAUACCUCACCAGAUGGCGUCCUGGAUUCGCGGAAAGAUUAAAGGGGGCGGAGGGCGAGGAGGAGAAGAAGUCGGAGGUCGUGGCAGUUGCGGCCACGUAAAAUGUACAUGUAUUUCUAUUGCUUGCCACGUACUCGAGUACAAGCUGAGCAUCAUUUGGGCGGCGUUAUGGAACUAUACCAAUUGGCGGCGUAGCAGCGUCGGUGGGAGGAACCAAAAGUUUUCAGACCGGGGGACGAUGGUUGCGUGUAAAGGUGUAAAAUACGGAUGCGGAUUUCCCUCAUCAUUGAUGACUCGUAGUAAUACCCAGACAGACAUUUCAGUCAAAGAGAUACCUUUCUG